UCAGGGAUUAUCAUUGUCGGAAAUGAAGCCUACGUCUUACGCUCACUGGAUCACUUGAAAGAUGGAGGAAGUUACAGAGAUCCUUCUGAGGAACCUCAUGUCCUUCUCAAAAUGGAAGAAGAUUUGUCUCACUACUGCGGUGUCGAUCAUAAAAAGUUGCCGCAGAAUGCAGAAGAAAAUGAACCUGAGACUCACAGAUAUCGAAGAUCAGAUACGAGUGGACAGAAAGUAAUCGAAACCGCAGUUUAUGUAGACUAUCCUCUUUACAAGAAACUCGUUGUACAAAAGAAACAACCCUCGAAGGUGUUACAAGAUACAGUACUGGCCAUUGUCAAUGAGGUACAACUAAUUUAUAACUACCAGUCUUUGAAAACAAAGUUCAAGAUCGUCGUCGUGAAACUGGAAAUAUUAUCGGAGGGUAAG